UGUAUACAAACAAACAGCAGGGGGCGGAACGCGCCUUUAAAACCACCGAAGAAGACGCUCGUGACAGAAUCACGUGACUUGCUUCGUGAUCAGCUGACAGUCAGACAGGAUCCUUCGACCUUCAUCUGAACCUCAUCUUUAUCCUCCUCUCAGAACCAGAACUAGACCCGGUAUCAUGGCCAGUCAGUCUCAAGGGAUCCAGCAGCUGCUGCAGGCCGAGAAGAGAGCCGCCGAGAAGGUGGCCGAGGCCCGCAAGCGUAAGAACCGGCGUCUGAAGCAGGCGAAGGAGGAGGCUCAGGCGGAGAUCGAACAGUACCGCCUGCAGAGGGAGAAGGAGUUCAAGACCAAGGAGGCGGCGGCCCUUGGUUCCCAUGGCAACAGCGCAGUGGAGGUGGACCGGGACACGGUGGAGCGGAUGGGUCUGAUCCAGACCAGUUACCGAGGCAACCGGGAGGCGGUGCUGGGCGACCUACUGCGGCGCGUCUGUGACAUCACACCCGAGUUCCACGCCAACUACCGCGUGGCCGGGUAAAGGGGCGCUGCCAGGAGGCGGAGGGGGCAGGGCCAGGAGUCCGGACCUUAGCAGCAUUAGCUUUGUUAGCUUCGAUCUCGGCCAGAAGAAGCUUUAUUUUGAAGGUGUGAGGUUCAUCUCUUCCUGUUUCCUGCAGUAGAUUAAUAAGUGUUGUUACCGUGGUGACGAUAACGAGUUGUUACCGUGGUGAUGUUUACGUGUUGUUACCGUGGUGAUGUUUAUAUUUAUAUCAGGAUUCAUUCCUUUAACCAUUUCCUGAAUCUAACAAAAUAAAAGUCUCUCUUCACUGUUCAGGGAGAAUCAGCCAAUCAGGAGACAGUUUAAAUAAAAAAGUUAAUAAAUAUCAGCUUUCUGAUUGGUUGCUUCUCUGAGCUCUCUCCUCCAAUCAGGAGGCACGCCCUUUCUCUGCUCUCACCUGAUUGGCUGGAGAAGUGAGAAGGCUUUGUGAAGCGUUUUUUGUUGUGACCAUGUGACUUCCUGUUGCUGUUCUGAUGACUUCCUGUUGAUGUUUGUAAAGUGAUGAUGAAACAAUAAACCGGAUGUUGAUGAA